UGGCACACAGUCUGUCAGUUGUAAUUCGACACAGAGCACGACCAGAAGACUGACGACCGUGGCGUGACGCGAACGUAUAUAGGCCUAUACGUAUACACCCUAAUCAUAAGUACUAAUCAAUUAGAAUAGAAUAAUCGAAUAAUAAGCGGCUACGAGAUUGGUGUGAUGCAAUUGAAUGCAUACUCCGGCGCACCGAGUGAAUGUCUUUGGAUGUUUGUUAUCGGAUGAUCUGAUUGUGGAAGUUUCAGUGUGGAUGCUAGAGUAAUCGUUACCUGCUACAUUAGAAUUAAAUAUUAAACCGAACCUAUUGCCUUAGUGAACGGAGAAGUGCUGACAAUUUACUGCAAUCGCGAUAGUAUUGUUCAAAUCAACAAAAAGUGCAGUGAUACUUGUGAACGGCAGUAAAUUUACAUUUUGAGUGACAUCUGCUGUGGCCCAGAUCAGGACCGAAUUCUUUUUGUGUGAAUUUUGAUUAAAGACGGGGCAUUUGGGUUCUACUGGCGUAGUAGUGGUAACAUACGGUGGAACGUAUCUUCAGCAUAAACAUCACCAUCGUAGUGUCCGUCGUCGCCGUUGUCGUCACAGUCGUCGUCUUUGCGAAAAUAUACUUAGUUUAUAAGAAUAAUACGAAAAACGCGAGUAUUGAUCGUUGAGUACAACAACUCAGGAGUCAGUUGAGAUCAGUCCAACGCAUAGGUUCAAUGUAUUUAUUGUUUACCCGAGACGCGAUUCGCUACUCGUUGGACGCCCCCACAGCAUCCAUCCAGUGGGAAUAGUAUAUAACGAGAUCACUUUAAAUUUCGCAUCUGCAACACGCGCGCACACCGCGGCAUUUCUUUUUGACCCUCGCUUAUGUGUAUGUAAAGCUUGGAAAGAAAGGGAUUUGGAUUUUGUGGUGCAAAACGUAGGAAUAAAGAAAAAGCAACAGAUUUCACCGAUCCAAAAAAGUUCCUAGUAGAAACGUAACGUUCACUCGAGACGGAUAAAUAAAUGUGUACAUUGAGGGCUACACCUGCCGUGUGAUCUGCUGAUAGUUCUAAUAAAGGCUUCACCAUCGACCGCUAUCAGCCUAGUAGUUGGUACAUCGCUGAUAACAGUACGCGUGUUCUUCAAAGCAAAAGUUAACCCACAUAUAUUCAAAUACAAACACACACAACACGCGAGAAGAAUGGCCGACAUCAUCGAGGACGAGAUGAAACACUGCUACGAGAACUUGAUCGUUGUCGACGUUGGCGCCAAUCUGACCAACAAAAAAUACAUUCGUGACUUGGACUCAGUGAUUCAACGCGCAAAAGAUUCGGGCGUUCAAAAGAUCAUGGUCCCAGGCACGUCGGUCAAGUCGAGUAAAGAGGCCCUCCGUCUGACACGUAUCUACCCGGGAAUCAUCUACUCGACAGCGGGAAUACAUCCGCACGAUUCGAAAUCAAUCAUAGAGGAGCCCAGCACAUGGCUGGACUUUGAAGUAAUUGCCACAGCGCCGGAAUGCGUCGCAAUUGGACCGUGCGGGCUGGACUAUCAGCGGGACUUUAGCGAGCCGUGCACCCAGAAGGACAUAUUCGAGCGACAGCUCAAGCUGGCCUGUGAUUUGCAGAAACCCAUCCUCAUUCACGAGCGAUCUGCGCAGGAAGAUGUGUUGGAAAUACUUGCGAAAUUUCAACCCACCCCGCAAAUCAUCAUAAGAGGCUUUAUGGGCACAACAGAGGAAGCCCUCAAAUACCUGCAACAUGACUACUACAUAUCUUUAACUGGAUAUCUUUGCAAGGACAAAUCCGACACGGGGGUGAGAAAAUUGCUCGAGGAUGGCCGCCUUCCGCUCGAGCGACUUCUGGUGGAAACUGAUUCACCGUUCAUGUACCCGAACACACGUGCCUCCAAGCUGCCACAGCACGUGAAAACCGGCCUGACGGAGCGAUCGCUACUGUAUCUCCACCGCUACUGUACCUUCCAGCGGAACGAACCCUGCAGUUUGCCCGCCAUCGUGGAAAUGAUAGCCGCCUUCAUGAACAAGAAACCGGAGGACGUCGGCCUAGCGACCGCAUUCAACGCACUCAAGCUGUUUGGCUUAUCCCAAUGAUAAACAAAAAAAAAAAAGAAACGACAUAAUCAAAACGAAAACGACAUUUUACUUUGCUGCUAAUUUCAUGUUAUUACCCAAAAACGAUUUCACGCCUUGUUCGACGAAUGAUACUAUUGUUAUCAAAGCUAUUUUUGAAAUGUUUUUAUAUUCCCAGCUCUCGAUUGUUAAUUUAGCCCUAUUUAACUCUUGCCUGUGACAGUUAUCGAGAGCCACCUUAUAUUAUUGUUACUUUAGUUAUUGAAAUUCGAUGGCUGCUUGCUCAAAGAGCUAUUCUUUGAUUACGUUAACGUAUCAUGAUACGUUACAAUAUUCGUUGUACAUUUUAGCAUAUCGACCGUAGUUUUAGUUGUAGGCAUGAACAAACGAAUUGUGUUAAAUGAAUUUAUGUUCUAUGUGAAGCGAAAGACUGAAGUUACUCAAAAUCCAACAGCAAAGCAUGGUGAAUGCAACACACCACGCGAGAGGGACAAACUAAACCAGAAAACGUGUCUAAUCUCGCAACAAUUAGAUAAGGAUCAAAGUUUACUACGUAGUCAUUUGUUCUUCGCGAAACAGCCCUCUAUCAGGGAACAAUCUCCAUAGGUAAGAAAAUACAUUCCUUGCGAACGGCUGUUUCACGAAAAGCGAACGGAUUACCCAAGGUAGGGCGCUGCCGGAAGGCCUUUUAGAAGCUUCUAAAUGAGAGAAAAGAAAAGCAAUCGACUGCAAUGUCGGCUACUGAGUGCUCUUAUUUGCUAGUAUUUAGGGAUAGCAUAAUCCUAAGGAAACUGUUGCAAGUAAUUGUUGUUUACUCAGUUAUACACAUUUGAGUUAAAGGUGGAUAUGUAUAGGGAGAAAAGUGCCAUAAUGUAUCUUACUGUAACGGGAAGAUUUGAAUUUAAAAUGUGACACUGUAUUCAUCAUGUAAAUUAUUGAGAUUGAAUAAAAGUAUAUUUUUAUAUAAAAGCAAA